CUCAGAGAAGAAUGCGUUAGAAUUGUUGCUUUGAACCUCAUCUAUUUCGUGAGUGUUGAGUUGAAUUCAGUGUUAGUACGGAUGUGAGUGAAGAAAGAUUAUAAAGCCUCGAUUGUCACGGAGUUGUUGUAACUGAUUAGAGUACAAUAUAAAGCUUCUACUAUAAACCCAACAGAACAAUUGUUGAAGAGCUCCCCACUGUUGGUCAGUUAUGAUGUUUAAAGGAAGCAAUGCUCGCAGACCAGAACUAAGGUUUCCAACCACGAUGUACAAUUCUUCUCAAAUGUACAAUUGUCAUUCACACAGCGCGACCACGUACACCAAGGAUACGCGAGAAAUCAAAACGGCCGUUGUACGGAAGAGUGAAACUCGUAGCAGACACAAAGACAGCGGCCCUACUGUUUCACCAAAAUGCGCUCGUUGUAAAAACCAUGGCGUCAUUUGUCCAUUGAAGGGCCACAAAGGUCUGUGCAAGUGGAAAGACUGCAUUUGCAAGAAUUGCUCAUUGAUUGUACAGCGUCAACGCAUCAUGGCGGCCGAGCAAAGCGUCCUUAAAGAGAUGGCCGACCACAAACGUGAGAGCAGUUUAGAGGCUUCAACAUCAAGCUUCGUCUCUCAUGGUAAGUUAAAAACUAUGUAAGUCAUAUGGUCUAUAUAGAAAUAUAGCCUAGUAGUAUAAGUAGUAAACUUAGUAUUGAAUUCUGAUUAGCGUUGCAUAUAUACAAAUUCUGAUCCGAUGUUUUGAGUUGAGUCAACAAACUUUAAGAGAUCAGUGAAUAUUGAAGUAACGGCUAUACCGCAUUUAUUAGAAUCUGAUAACAAGCGAGAACGUAAAAAGAAACCUAUUUCGAAGAGUAUACGGGCCAUAAGUGCAGAUAAUAUUCUUCAACAACUAUAUCUUGAAAAAACUGAAGAGAUAUACUUGGAUAGCGAAGGUACUUCAUCAGACGUUUCCGGCUAUAACGUCCUGGCCCUCGGAGAGUUCGUAAUCUUUUCUAUACUUUAAAGCAGUUUAGAUAUCAGCUACAGCAACUGCUGGUAUUGUCGACACUGCCUGGAACUGUUCUUUUUCCUAUAAUCUAUAUACAAAGCAGUUCAGAUGUUAGCUACAACGACUGCUGGUAUUGUCAACACUGCCUGGAACUGUUCUUUUUCCUAUUUACAAAGCAGUUCAGAUAUUAGCUACAACGACUGCUGGCAUUGUCAACACUGCCUGGAACUUUUCUUUUUCCUAUUUACAAAGCAGUUCAGAUAUUAGCUACAACGACUGCUGGCAUUGUCCACUGCCACUGGCUGGAAAUUGUUCUUAUAAUCUCUUCUACAUUAAAGCAGUUCAGAUAUUAGCUACAACGACUGUUGGCAUUGUCCACACUGGCUGCAAAGUUCUUAAUCUUUUCUACUUUAAGCAGUUCAGAUGGCAUCUUGCAUGA